AUGGACUUUGAAUGCCAAUCACAUAAACGACAGAGAAGUUGUACCUCAUCUGAAACAGAAACUUCAACCGAAGAAUCUGACGACAUCGACGACGACGACGAAGACGAAGAUUAUGAAGACGAAGAUGAUGAUGAUGAAGACCUAGCCCUAACACCUAGGCAGAUUAAAGGUCUGUUAGAAGAAACAGCAAAGCUAAGAGGUCAAGCCACGGCCCUUGCCGACGAAAAUAAGAAACUCAAUCAGAUACUGUCAAUGUAUCGGAACAACAACAAUGGUAGCAACUACAGCAACAACUACCCAGCUUUAAACCAACCAACCAACAUAAAGAAACCAACCAGCCAGAAGACGACAACAACAUCCAACCAGAAGGCAGCAAAACAGAAGACGACUACAACAAUUGACCAGAAGACAUCAACCACGGAAACAUUAUAUAACCUACCCAUUAUUGUCAUAUAUAAUGCGGAUAUAAAAAAACUUCGAGAAACCAUCAGUGACACCUCACAGGUGCUGUGGAAACAGCACAGCUAA